AUGACGAAAUUUGACAAACUACAGAUGAAGGAGACAGAGACAAUCGAUGGCUUCGCAGGAAAGAUUUCAGAGAUUGCUUCAAAAUCUUCAUCCCUAGGUAAAACAAUGGAUGAGCCAAAACUUGUAAAAAAGUUUCUUCAGAGUCUGCCCCCCGACAAGUAUAUUCAUAUCGUUGCCUCCCUUGAACAAGUGCUUGAUUUGAAUACGACAGCCUUUGAAGACAUAGUAGGGAGACUCAAAACAUAUGAAGAAAGAAUACUUGGCUCAAAAUCUCAAUCAAAGACCGACGAACAAGAAACUGUCUUGUUUUCAAAUUCUGAUGAAAACAAAGGAAGAGGACAGAAGAAAAACAACGACGAACUCAAUAAAAGCGAGACAGGGACAGCGGAUGCAGCUCUCUACAUGCACGAAGUCGUUUUUCUGAAUGAAGGAAAAGUAAUGCCAAAAAAAUACGAGACAACAAAGAAGGAAGAAGGUGUCUGGUAUUUAGAUAAUGGCGCAAGCAAUCACAUGACUGGUGAAAAUUCGUACUUCUCAGGACUUAAUAUGAACAUCAAAGGAAAAGUCAAAUUCGGAGAUGGAUCGCAUGUGGGCAUCAACAGCAAAGGGUCAAUUUUGUUCGAGGCAAAGACGGGUGAACAAAAGCUCUUGACAGAUGUCUAUUAG